AUGGCGCGACAUGACGACAUCUUUCAGAAUCUACCCGCGGAAGAAGAGGAUAGCGGGUACACGAGUAGCGAUGCUAGUGCCACGAUGCCAUCUCUGGUGUCGAAUAGUGGCAGCGAAGCAGAUGAGACGUCGAGACCGAAUGAUCAGCAAGUCCGAUGGGAUCAGCAAAGGGAAUCUGAGAUGCAGGAAAUGACACCACGACCGAAUCCAAGGAGCAACCUUCACAGGAGAAGACAUCAGAAAUACAAGAACGACAUGAACAGGACCGGAAGGGCCAAAUGGCCAAGACGAGGGACCAACCAGACGAUCAGUUAA